AUGACUAAUGAUGGAGAUAUACAAUUAGAUGCUCGACGACAAUUUCAACGUUUACGUAAUCUAUUUCUUGGUCCUUCAAAUAAUGAACGAAAAUCAACUAUUUCUCUAUCAACUUCAUCACUUGUUCCAAUACUUGAUGUAAAUACUUUUGUCAAUGCUGCCCAAGAUAAGGAUACUGACACAUUACACAAGUAUUUGCUUGCAGGUUUCCCACCAGAUCAACCAGAUCCUUCCACAAAAGCGACAGCAUUGCAUGUAGCUGUUGAAUCAGCUAAUAUACGUGCUGUUCAGAUGUUAAUCCAAGCCGGUGCACAACUCAAUGCAGCUGAUAUAAGUUCUUCAACACCGCUUCAUAUUGCUGCUUAUAUGGGCUAUGAAGAAAUUGUACAAAUGCUUUUGUCUCAUGGUGCUGAUAUGUAUAAACAAGAUAAUACUGGUCGAAAUUCUUUUCAUCUAGCUGUAUCUACAGGAAAUAUUCGAUUAAUUCAACAUUUUAUUUCAACAGCUGAUACCGAACAUAGUAUUAUUCAUAAACCUGAUGCGUACGGUCAGAAUUGGACACCUUUAAUGUGUGCUUGUGCUAGUAAUCAUCCAACAAUAUGUGCAUUUCUUUUAUCACAUAAUGCUGAUCUAUGUGCAACCAAUGAUCGUCAUAUGACAGCAUUUCAUAUUGCUGCAUUUCUUGGUUCAUUACCAGUUCUUCAAGAACUUCUAACAUCAUCAUCAUCAUCAUCAUCAAAUGAUGAAAUAAUACUAAAAGCACUUAAUCAAGGUGAUAAUCGAAAUCAAACACCAUUAUUCUACGCAUGUAUAGAAGGUCAUCUUGAUGUCGCAUUAACAUUACUUCGUGCUGGUGCUAAUGCUUAUCAUCUAGACAAUAAUGAUCAAACAUGUUUACAUGCUAUGAUAUCAUCAACUAUUAUGUUAAAACGACAUAUUCGUUUAUUUUAUUGUUUUAUUCAGUAUGUUGAUUAUCGUCAUAAUCAAGAUAAUCUUGGUCGAACAUUACUUGAUCUUGCUUAUGUAAAUCAAUUAAAAUCAAUUAUUUAUUUAUUAAUCUUACUUAAUUAUAAAGUAAAUCCUGAUAUUAUUUUUGAUAAUGAACAAAUUGAUAAUCGUACAUAUCAGAAUGAUAAACAAAUUCUUUCUCUUCGUCAUAUAUGUAUACUUCAUUUUAAACAUUCAAUUAUUUAUCAUCGAAAUCAACGACAAUCAACACAACAUGAUUUACUUGAAAAUGCUUUAAAACAAAUAUUUCAUAUUGAAUCCAAUAAGAAUUUAAUAAAUCUAAAAGAAAAUAAUUCAAAUGAUUAUUCUCCUAGUAAAUCAUUAGAUGAUAUAUCACUUUUACAGCAACAACAACACUCAAGUAAAUAUCAAAAAAAUGUUAAAUCAACAAAAAAUCAAGAUAAAAAAAUGAGAAAAACAUCUACUAUUUUUUCAACAACAACAUCAUCAUCGUCAUCGUCAACAAAUAAAUGGCCAUCACAAAUUGAUUUACAACCGACACAUUCAACAUGGUCGGUAUUAACACAUAAAUUAAAAGGUCAACGUUUAUUACCUACGCCAACAAAUACGCCACAAAUAGCUUUAAGACAACAAACAAAUUCAGUACAGUCAUCAAGAAUAAAUCCAAUGACACAUUUAGCAUUAAAAAUUUUAACAUCUCCAAAAAAACUUCAUAGUCUACUUGAUUUUCCUUCAUUAAAUAAUAACCAAUUAGUUAAUGAAGAUUUAAAAAUGUCAAUGAUUAUAUAUAAUUUAUUAGAUACAAAUUCAUCAAAUUAG